UCACGUAUAUGCAAACAUAAACGCCAAUCCGUGGAUGGGGUCCAAUUUCCUGUGCGCAGGAACACUCAUCCACUGCCGUACGUAUUGCCAUUGCGAUUUCACUCGAGUUUAAUUUAGGCUUUUCUUCGCUUCAGGCUUUGUUUUGACAGCUGCGCAUUGCAUAGCGGAGGGAGAGAUAAUGUGAGUUCCGCGAUGGUUUGUCCAAAUAGAAUAUAUAGAAGAACAGAUAUCGAAAAGGUGCUAUUUCCCCCAAUCAGAACCGUGCGUUUGGGAGAGUACGAUGUGGAGAAGGUGAGGGACUGCAGGGGAGCGGACUGCAUCGCUCCUUACGAGUACGAGGUACUCCUGAGGAGUACGAGGUGAGCAAGGCCUAUCGCCACCGAUAUUAUUCAAUAUCCCGCCGCCAACAUGACACAGGUUUGCUAAGAUUAAGCCGCACAGUACAGUUCACAGGUAAUCAGAUUACUUGGAAUCCCAUAUUAAUACUAAAAGCAUUUCCAAUUCCCCGCAGAACACAUCUAGCCGAUCUGCCUGAUCGUAGGAGCCGAUCAGAGAAAUGUAGACAUUUUCCAGUCGUUCAUUGCCACCGGCUGGGGCAUGACCCAGGACCGCACUUUUAGCCGCACCCUUAGGACCAUCGUCCUUAAUCGCUUAGACAUCACCGAGUGCUCGAAGAGGUUCAAUCUCGACAUUGGUGGGCAUCAGAUCUGCGCUGGACACUCGACGGGGGACACAUGCAGUGGGGACUCUGGCGGUCCUCUGGGCAAGUGGGUGCGGCACGAGGGCAAACUGCGCUUCGCCCAAAUCGGGAUCAUCAGCUACGGCAGCGCCCAGUGCGUUGGCCCGAACGUGAACACGGAUGUCACGAGACACAUGUCGUGGAUAGAGAAUAUUUUGCGAGGACAAUUGAUUUGAUACGAUAAUAUUUAUACGUUAAAAUUUCAAUGUUGCCCGUUUUUGAAUUUGAGCAGCGCCCUCUGUAAGGGCGGAAAAAUGUUUUCACGCCAUCUAUUGGCUAAUAAUGCAAGUCCCAAGAAUCCAAUCUAUGGCCAGCAGAGGGCGGUAAGGUAAUGUGGAUCCUGAACAGCU